GCAGCGAGCGGGGCUGUGGGAAGGCUGAUGGGUCAAGCCAAGAGAAGCCCAGGACAGGGCAGGUGCUGCCCCAAAUCCCCGGGCGCGGGAGGAGAUGCGAAGGGGACCCAACGCCCUUCGGUCGUUGAGUCCCCUCCGCAUCCCUCCCCGCCAGCAUCCUGGGCAGAGCCCGGGAGGGCGGAGGGAAAGGAGGGCGAUGCACCGCUCGGGGUUUAUUAGAUUGGACAUAAUCAUCUUUAAAUAAAGCAGCCCCCCCCUCCACACCCCUCCUUGGCGGGGGGGAGCGGAGCGCCCCGGGGUUUUCUAGAUAAGGGCGUCUAACGCAUCCCCCGCUCCCGCAGGCAGAGCCGGGCAGCGCAUAGAAGCCGCGGAGUGGCCGCCGUGCCCCGGGAACCCCGGCUGCAGGCAGAAAGGGGGGUCCCCACCGCGGUGCUCUCACCCUCCUUCUCCUCCUCCUCCUCUUCCUCCUCCUCCCUCAGGAGCAGAAAGGAGGAGAGCGGUGCCGGGGAAAAGUUGGGGGCAGCGGCUGCGGCGGGGGCCGGGGGAGGAUGCCCCAGUGCUGCUGCCCGCCGCCCCCCUGAGCGCCCCUAUUCCCCGGGGCCACCCCCCCCCGGUCCCUUUCGUCCCCAAGGAGGAUGCUGCUCGGCGGGGCCGCCCUGGCCGCGCUGCUACUGGCGCUGCUCAGCCUGGCCCGCGGGGACCGCCGGCCCCCCGAAUCCCCGCGACUCUCCGCUUGCGGGAUGGAGGGGCCGACCCGCCGUGCCGCCCCCGCGCAUCACCUCUACGGGCUGUACCCGCAAGGUCCCGGGGUGCUCGGCGCUGCAACCCCGCCGGGGUCCGGGCGGCCGCGGGGCCGGAGAGCGCGGGGAGUCGGGGGAGGUGAAGAGGAGCCGUGGGGCGAGGCGGAGAGCCAGGUGCGGAGGGAAAAGCUGAGGGGCCGGGAGCCGCAGGUGCCGAGCCCCCACCGGGAGCGGUCGCUGCCCGCCCUGUACUUCUCCGGCGGCCGGGAGCAGCUGGCGGCGCGGCCGGAGGCGCUGCCGGCCACCCCGCGGGAGGAGUUCACACUGGAGGUGUGGGUGAAGGCGGAGGGCGGACAGAGCAACCCGGCAAUCAUCGCAGGUGUCUUCGACAACUGCUCACACGUGGCCAGUGACAAGGGCUGGGCACUGGGCAUCCGUGCCCUGCAGCUGGGUGGCAAGAAGGACGCCCGCUUCUUCUUCUCCCUCCGCACGGACCGGGCGGCCGCUGCCACCGAGGUGACCAGCUACCACCGCUACCGCCCUGAGGCAUGGACCCACCUGGCUGCCACCUAUGACGGACAGUGGAUGUCCCUCUAUGUGGACGGGACACGGGUGGGCCGCACCGGCGGGCAGGAGGGUCCCCUGCACAGCGCCUUCAUGUCGUCCUGCCGCACACUGCUGCUGGGGGGGGAUGCCUGGGGGACCGCGCACACUUUCCGGGGACACUUGGCCAGGCUGGCCCUGUGGCAGAGGGCCCUGUCCCAACCCCAUCUCCAGCGUACCUUCCUAGAGGGGGUGACCGGAGGGGUGGCAGGGCUGGCUCUGACCGCUGGCUUCGCCACACCGGAGGAGCACUGGGUGCCGUUUCGGGAAGGUGCCUUCCCCCAGCAGCGGGUGCUGCCAUCCCCACCGUCCCCUGUCCUGCGGCCGCUGGGUCCCCCCACCUGCGGGCAGACCGCCUGCGACAAUGUGGAGCUGGUCUCCCAGUACAACUGGCACUGGCCACUGCGCAGCGGGAAGGUGGUGCGGUACCGCGUGGUGAACUUGGUGGAGGACGACGGCAGGCGGCCGACAGUCAGCCAGGAGCAGGUUUGGCGUCAACACCGGGCACUGAACGAAGCUUUCCGGCCCUACAACAUCUCCUGGCAGCUCAGCUUGCUGGAGGUCCGCAACUCCUCCCUGCGCCACCGCACUGUCCUCCUGGGCUGCGAGCCCAGCAAGGUGGGCAACGAGCGCUGUGACCCUGAGUGCGACCACCCCUUGACCGGCUAUGACGGCGGAGACUGUCGCCGUCCCGGCCGCUGCUUCUCCUGGAAGCGCCGCGAUGGCAUCUGCCACAUGGAGUGCAACAACAUGUUGGAUGACUUCGACGAUGGGGACUGCUGUGACACACGGUUCACCGAUGUGGCCAGGACCUGCUUUGACCCCGACUCACCCCAGCGGGCGUACAUGAGUGUAAAGGAGCUGAAGGAGGCCCUGCAGCUGAACAGCACCCACUUCCUCAAUGUUUACUUUGCCAGUUCAGUGAGAGAAGAGUUGGCUGGUGCUGCCACUUGGCCAUGGGAUAAAGAGGCCCUUAGUCACCUGGGUGGAGUUGUCCUCAACCCUGCUUAUUACGGUAUGCACGGCCACACCAACACCAUGAUCCAUGAAGUGGGCCACGUCCUGGGGCUGUACCACGUCUUUAAGGGAGUGAGCGAGCGGGAAUCUUGUGACGAUCCCUGCAGGGAGACAACUCCGUCCAUGGAGACAGGAGACCUCUGUGCCGACACUGCCCCCACCCCAAAGAGCAAAUUCUGUCGGGAUCCGGACCCCACCAACGACACCUGUGGCCAGACGUAUUUCACGGGAACGCCCUUCAACAACUACAUGAGUUACACAGAUGAUGACUGCACCAACACCUUCACUCCCAACCAAGUGGCCCGGAUGCAUUGCUACCUGGACCUGGUCUACCAGCGCUGGGGCCAGAGCAAGAAGCCCGCGCCCAUCCCCAUCCCACCCAUGGUCACGAGACAAACGUGGGACUCCCUCAGCAUCUACUGGCUGCCUCCCAUCAGCGGCGUCAUCCAUGAGAGGGAGCAGGACACACUCUGUGAUGACUGUGCAGAGGACGGCACCUUCCGUCAGUACGUGCACGAGGCCUCUUCCCCUCGGGUCUGCGAUUCCUCUGGCUACUGGACCCCAGAAGAAGCAGAAGGGCCCCCAGAUGUGGAUCAGCCCUGUGAGCCCAGCCUGCAAGCCUGGAGUCCGGAGCUCCACCUGUACCACAUGAACAUGACAGUGCCGUGUCCCCAGCCAGACGGUUGCAUCCUGGAGCUACGCUUCCUGCACCCUGUCUACCCUGAUUCCCUCACCCUCUGGACCACGUACCUCUCCACAGGCUCUCCCAAGGUGUUGUCUGACAUUGAGGUCUUGACAGAGCAGGGAGAGUCAAUCCAUUUGGGCCCCCUGGACACCUUCUGUGAUGUCCCUUUUACCGUGAAGCUCAACAUCCCUAAAAAGGUGUCCGGAGUCAAAAUUUACACCUUUGACGAGAGGAUGGAGAUAGACACGGCCUUGCUGACCUCCAUGCCCCACAGCUCACUCUGCUCCUCCUGCAAGCUGAUCCAGUACAGAGUCUUCCGUGACCCCCCCUUUGCAAACGGGUCCCCUGUCACCCCAGCACAGGCACAUCGGCAGUUCAUUGACAUGGAUGUCACGCCUGGGCAGGUGUACCGCUACCAGGUGCAGGCAGUCUCUGGGACAACCUUAGGAGAACCCUCCCCACCGCUUGUCCACGUCCAUGGAGCACCCUACUGUGGGGAUGGGAAGGUGACCACGAGCCUGGAGGAGGAGUGUGAUGAUGGGGACUUGCUGGAUGGAGAUGGCUGUUCCAGGAAGUGUAAAAAGGAAAAAGGCUUCAACUGUGUCGGGGAACCAAGCCUGUGCUAUGUGCAUGAUGGGGAUGGUGUGUGUGAGCCCUUCGAGAAGACGAGCAGCAUCCUGGACUGCGGUCCCUACACACCCGAUGGAUACGUGGAUCUGUGGGCAGCGAAAGCCUACGCCUCCCAUCAGGAUACAAAGUCCUGCCCUGCUGCCUUGGCCACUGGAGAGCCUGCUGUUACGGUCUGUAAAUCCCAACUUCAUGAUGUGCUGAAGGACCUUUCCCUGGCUGCCUGGUUCCCCUGUGCUCCCAGCCAAGAUAACGCUCAGGAUCCAGAUGAGGCGAGGAUGCCCUUGGGUGGUGAGGGAGUUUGGCUCAAGGUGUGCUUUGAGAGACCUGUGGUGGCCACGUCCCUCCUGGUCUUCCUGGCCUCUGACGGCACCAUCCCCAGCAACCAGCGCAAGUCGAGGGUGACCGUCCAGCUGAGCGAUGUAGAUGGGCUGAACCACUCUUUGGGGAUACAUGAGCUGUCAUGCCAACACAACCCCCUUGUCAUCAACAUCACCCAUGGCCAGGAGGACCCAUCUCCCUGGGCUGCUUCGGUGCUGCUCAACUUCUCUUCCCCGCUUGUGGGCAUUGCAGCCGUGGCCUUGCGGACCUCAGCUCAGCCAGGCUCUUCUGAACCCAACACCUGCCUCCUGCGACACGAGGAGGGACAAGGCCACCAGCACUACAGCUGUAUCCACGGUGUCUGCGCGGGAUCGGGGAGCUGUACGCGGCCCCUGCUCGCUUACGUUGCCACCCUCAACUGCACCUCCAACGGCCCCAGGCACAUGGCGUGCACUGUCACCUGCAAAAAAGGCUUCGUCCCCCGUUCUGGCAAUGGAAAGAGCCUGGGCUCCACUCAGCAGGAGGUGGUGCUGACAUGCAGCUCAGGACAGUGGGACAGAUCUGUGACUUGUGACCCUGUUGACUGUGGUGUCCCUGACCAGUCCCAUGUGUACUACGCUGAGUUCUCCUGCCCCAAGGGGACCACCUACCUGAAGAGAUGUUCCUUCUCCUGCAUCCACCCAGCCAAGAUUCAAGGAGCAAACCAGUGGCUGACCUGCCUGGAGGACGGUCUCUGGUCACUCCCCGAAGCCUACUGCAAGCUGGAGUGUGACGCACCUCCUGCGGUGGCCAACGCCAAGCUCCUGGUCCCACGAUGCCUCCAGGGCAACCAUGACGUGGGCUCAGUCUGUCGCUACAAGUGCAAGCCUGGAUACCACGUGGCUGAGAAUGCAGCAGGCAAGUCUAAGAAGAAGUUCCUGAAGAUCCAGUGCCUGGAGAGCGGGCAGUGGGAAGAGGGACACUGUGUCCCUGUGGUCUGCGAGCCGCCCCCUCCCGUCUUCGAGGGCAUGUACAACUGCAGCCAGGGCUUCGAGCUGGACAGCCAGUGUGUCCUCAACUGCCAGCCACAGGAACAGCAGGUUCCCAUCAUCUGCACCAAGGAGGGAUUAUGGACAGAGGAGUUCAAGCUGUGUGAGAGCUUACGGGGAACCUGCCCACCACCCCCUGAGCUGAAUUUCGUGGAGUACAAGUGUGAGCAGGGGCAUGGCAUAGGUGCAGUGUGCGUACCCUCCUGCAUCUUACCGCCCAGCGACCCUGUCAUACUGCCCGAAAACAUCACUGCUGAGACAAUGGAUCACCGUCUGCAGCCCACCAGAGUCCAGCACAUCGUUUGCACGGGCCGGCUGCGGUGGUACCCAGAUCCCUCUGUCAUCCACUGCAUCCCAUCCUGCGAGCCCUUCCAAGCAGACGGCUGGUGCGACACCAUCAACAACCGAGCGUACUGCCAGUAUGACGGGGGUGACUGCUGCUCUUCCACGCUGUCCUCCAGGAAGGUGAUCCCAUUUGCUGCUGACUGUGACCAGGAUGAGUGCACGUGCCGUGACCCAGCAGCAGAGGAGAACCAGUAGUGACACCACCAAGGGCCUCUCUUGGUCACAGGCGAGCGCUGGAGGAGCAAUGGGGCAGCAACGGGGGCUGCUGGGGACCGGCGGAGUACCAGGGGUGUAAGGAACAGCCGGGCAGGGGGACAGUGGCUGUGCACGGAGGGGACGGUCAAGGCCACCGAGCAUCCAGGUGCAUGGUGGUCCCCUCCUCAUCGCUGCUCCCCGGGACAUGGGGACCCUGUGCACGCUCGAGGUCUCCGGUGCCACCUCAGCCACAUGUUGGGCUGGGCUCCCACAGUGACAGACCAGCUGCUGCCAUGGACAUUUGUCCUGGUCUGGCAUCUGUGUGUCUUGUCUUUGCUCUAGAUUUUGUCACUAUUCACCCCCUUCUGCUGUACAGGCUGCUUUUAGCAAGGGCGAGGUAGUUGUGAUCUCUCUGCCAAUAUUUAAACUUAAUUAUAUAUAUAUAUAUACACAUAUAUAUAAUAUAUAUAAAUAUAUAUUAUAUUUUCUUUGCUCUUAAUGAAGCUGAGAAAGGAUAUCCUUUGUCACACACCCAUGCUGCUGUGAAGUACAAACCAUCGGGAAAAGUGCAGGUCGGGGUGGGAGGAGCAGGGAAUUUCCCCUCCUUGGCUGAGAAGGAGCUGGAAGGAGGACAGAGAGAGAAGCCAAAUCCCCAGGCCAUGCCAGGAGAAACCUCCCAGGGUGGGUGGCAGUGGGAACAGGGACAGGCCACCGUCCCUCUAUGCCAUGCUCCCCCGGCCACCGUGCACCCAACAAGAAAAGGGAUGUAGUGGGCAACUCCAAGUAGCUGUGUGAUGCUCUAAAUGAAGGACCAUGAGGUGGGCCUUUUUAUUCCUUUUCUCUUUCUUUCUCUUUUUUCUCUUUGUUUCUCUUUGUUUCUCUUUCUCUCUUCCUCUCCUCUCCCUCUCCCUCUCCUUCUCCCUCUCCCUCUCCCUCUCCCUCUCCCUCUCCUCUCCCUCUCCUCUCCCUCUCCUCUUCCUCUCUUCUUCCUCUCCUCUUCCUCUCCCCACAUCACCUUUCCAAACAUGAGCUUCAACAGUGUUGUCAGCAGUUCUGGGAGGAGAGACCAGACCCUCUAAUGCAAGGAGAAGACAGGACCCCAGUGACAUUUCAGGAGACUUUGAGUAUCACGUUUUUCCCAUAGAGAUUUUUCCUUUUUCCCCUCUCUGUGUCUGGGCCCAUCAUGGUGGACAUAUAGUCGCUGGUUUUCAUGAGUCUCUUACUUCUAUAGGCACUAAGUUAAAAUCUUCUAGCCCCAAAGAAGCCCAGCUAGAAAUUCUGUCCCUAUCAGAAGCUCAGGUUGGCCACCUGGCCCCAUAGAGGCAGUGGGUAGGGAAGGUGCCUGGCUCCAGCUGGCGUUCUAUGAUGGUUUUGUGCUGCAAAAAGGCAGAAAAAGGGAUAGGAAGAGGAGAGCAGAGAAGGGACCGCAGUGUAGGAUCACAGAUACCCACUUGCAUCUUCUCAGCAUGGCCUGUGCCGGUGGAGACAGGCUCCAAGCCGGGUUUCUCCAGCGCACAAGUGAUGGAGAGAGGGUGACACAGUGUGGAGAGACUGGGGAUUUUCAAGGCAUCCUUUGCUUUUUGCUGGCUCCCCUUCCCUUUUUGUCAGGCAUCUCCUGAAGCUGUGUUUGGCUGGAAGACAGGAUUAAGGGCAGAGGAGCCUGAACAUCCCACCAGUGUCCAGUCAGGGGAUGUCUAGUCCUCCAAGUCCUUUUGUGAUCCCAAGUGUCCUGUUGUCUCAUGGCAGGUCACCUCCUGCCCUGGAUGAAGCAGAGAUGCUGGGGGGGGACACAACGGACCCCAUCGCAUCUUGCAGCAGGGACGCACUGACAUUUUGGUUCCCAUUAUGCACAGGUGACAACACCCGGGCUUUUCACCCAAAUAUCCUGUCAGUUCGGCAGAGCGCUGCAAUUUUUGACAGUGAUCCAUUGCCUGAUCAAAAAAGAAACACCCAAAACCAAGGACUUUUUUUCAAAAAAGCCUUUUGAGACUCUUCUGGUCCUGAUACCCCCCCAGAAGGUGCAACUCAAGCAGCCUGUCCUGCUGCACCAGCACAGGAAUAGGGAUAUUCAGGGGACAUGGAACACCGGCCAGUGGGGACGGUGGGGAUGUGGGAUGAGGGUGACACGCAGAGGGAGAUGGGAGAACUUCAAGUCCCUGCAUCUUGCGAUAACAGACCCUUCCCUGCCUGGUGUCAGCACUACCUUCAUGCCUCUGUAUUUAGAUGCCAAAUUUUUACCCUUUUGGUGUGAAAAUCCUGGUCUCAGCAAUGGCUUGUCCCUACUCACCAGUGGGUGGAGGGAUGGGGGAACUGGGUGCGGGGGCAGAGGCCCUGGCUUGGCUGACGGAGGUUUGUGCUUCUCGUGAACGAAUCGCUUCUACGUACUGAAAUAUUGUUCUUCUAGAGCGACACUGAGCGUUUUUUUGUUCCCUUUAGGGUUUUAUUCACAAGGGAGGCUGCUGCUAUUUUUAUUUUUUUGUAUUUGAUAAUUAUUUUUUAUAAAAAUCUAUGAAAAAAAAUAAAUAAUCUUCUCAUCCUCCA